AUGGAACCAACUAAGUAUGAGAACGUCGAACUCUCCCAAACGCCCUCAGUCAAAAUCAUCAAGCACACGACCUGGGAAUCAACGAAGAGUUGGUAUUCUCGAACUGUCCUUCGGUCGGGCACGCAGUAUACUCAAUUACAGGAGCAACCGCCCGGCCACAAAAUCUUUCACGGAUGGAGAUUGGGUGCCCUUGUCUCGGGAAUAUUCGUCACAGUUUGUAUGUGUCUUAACAUCGCGGCCACUGCAUACCUCCGCAACACGUAUCCACCCAAUGAAGACGGACUAGGCAUCAUUCUGCAACAAAAUUGUGGCAAGAUACGCAGCAUUGACAGUCGCUUCCAUUAUGCCAUCAACGUGAUUGCGACUGUGCUCGUCAGCGCAAGCAAUUACAACAUGCAAUGUCUUACCGCACCGACGCGAAAGGAAGUCGACAAAGCUCAUACGCGGAGAAAGUGGCUUGAUAUCGGGAUUCAUUCAGUACGAAACUUGUCGCAUAUCCCGCGACUCAAAGCGGUGUUCUGGCUCGUGCUCGCACUAAGCUCACUUCCUCUUCAUCUCUUGUGGAACUCAGCUGUUUUCAUGACCACCACAUUCAACGACUACAGUGGCUUGGUAGUAACGCCUAAUUUCCUCAACGAGAGUACCUCGAUCGGCCUUGACUGCGGACACGAUGCGAUGACAGAAUCCAAGACUUCUAACCAGCCGACCUACGUGACUUGCUGGCUGCGGGACAGAGCCCUACAAACACCGAGAAACAUGAGCCGAAUGGACCCCAAGGAUUGCAUGUCCGCGUAUGAAGGUGGUCUUGAGGGAGGUGCAUUCAAUCUUCUCGCUGUCACCAAGGAUGGCAGCAGUCAUAACCAAUCUGUUGAGUUUGCACCACCGCUAAAUGCCGCCGCAUCUGUCCUCGCUUACUUCCAUCCUUUGGAUUAUCCGAAGAAAAUACAGAGUUGGUGCUCAGACAAAUGUGACCGGUGGAGCAAUGAUAACGAGAGUGAUGAAUAUUGCAAAGAUAAAAAUUGGGACCAGUCAUCCACUCCAUUUUCUUGCAUGGAACACAUGGUAAACGGGACAGCUUGGAGUCCAGACCCAAUCCCACAGGUUACAUAUUGGAUGUGUGGCCUAGACGCAAUACUCUACGACCAAUGCAACAGCGCAGAAGCGCAGAAGAACUCGAGCAGCUGGACCAUUUUGCCUGAAAAAUAUGAGAUCGACUACUGUUUGACAACGGACGCAGAGCACGAAUGCCAGCUGAAGUACAGUCCAAUGAUUCUGUACAUUGCAAUAGUCUGCAACGUGAUUAAGCUAACUUCAAUUCUGGGGUGUCUUCUCAUGUCUCGAGAGCCAAUAUUCGCAACGAUUGGCGAUGCUGUGGAUUCCUUCCUCCGACGUCCAGACCAAGCUUCGAAAGGCCGAUGUCUGAUGUCGAAGUUGGAGACUCCAUAUUUCCCGGGAUCGACGAGACUGGCCAGUACAUCCCACUCUCGUCUCAUCCCCCACAGCCCUGGGUUGAAGGGGAGCUUUGGUUCGGAAGACAUGGGACUGCCCGUCGUUGGGCAGGCUGCAUGUUCUUGUACAUGGCUAGCAUGUGUUAUCGUGGGUAUUGUAUUCAUGGUGCAAGGGAUUACCAUUCUUGGUAUAAAGAACGCUUUCACCUUAGGAUUCGGGGCUCUUAGUCUCAACGCCAUCGCCGUCACAUCCGAUUAUGAAGGCGGGAGCUCUAAAUCGAUCCUCACCACUUCACUUCUUGCCAACUUUCCUCAACUUCUCCUCUCCGGACUUUACUUCAUGUAUAACGCAGUCCUUACCAGCAUGACUGCCACUCAUGAAUGGAGCAUGUUCGCCCACAAACGAUCCACUCUCCGCGUGACCCUUCCAGCAGGCGCGCAACGGGAGACAUAUUGGCUCGGACUUCCGUGGCGAUACUCAUUACCCUUUUUAAUAUGCUGUACCGUGUUCCACUGGCUGGUGUCGCAAUCCAUCUUUUUGAUCAACAUCGUCAUCUACCAACCUAACAGUGAAAUUCUCUUGACGCCGACUUCUCAUUUCCCCGGAGUGAGCGAUACGGGCAUGACGACAGCAUGUGGAUAUAGUCCACUUGCAAUCGCAUGUGCGCUUGGAGUGGCGAUGGUGUUGUUCAUCGCUUUGAUUCUUGUGAGCUCGCGAAGGCUAAAGCCUGGCAUGCUUGUGGUGGGUAGUUGCAGUCUUGCUAUCAGUGCUGCUUGCCAUCCUCCCGAGUCUGAUAAGUCUGGCGCUGUCAAGCCGCUGCUUUGGGGUGCCGUGUCGCACGAGGAAAAUGGCAAACCAGGCCAUUGUUGUCUGACUUCCCUUGAGGUAGAGAAACCCGAGAAGGGAGCUUUGUAUGCUGGCUACUAG